AUGUCUUUGGCCCGUAUACUCCGGCCAGCGGUGCGCUCUCCACGCCUCUACACCCCACGCACACCCACCUACACAGCAUCCUCAUCAUGCCCGUCACGACGAACCUACGCCAGCCAAACGCCCGGCAACCCCGUCAUGGAAGUCUUCAACCGGAAAACCAAGCACCUGCAAAAGGACCGCGCCGCGCGAAAUAUCGAAGAGAGUCGCAAGACCGAUUACAUCAAGGACGAAGUUGCCACGCGACUCUGUGAGCGAUUGCUGGACAUCAAACGAACCUUCCCCCAAGUCCUCGACCUCGGCGCCAACAGCUGCAAUAUCGCGCGAGCCCUCACGAUGCCGGACCCCGACCCCGACGCUCCCACCGGAAGCUCCCCCCCCCUCAGCACACGCAUCUCCCACCUGACCUGCAUCGACACCUCGGAGGCCCUCCUGCACCGCGACGCCGACGAGCCCUUCAACUCCCAAAUGUCACUCACCCGACAAGUCGUCCCCAAUCUCGAAUCGCUCCCCUUCGCCGAAAACUCCUUCGACGCGGUCCUCUCCUCGCUCUCCAUCCACUGGAUCAACGACCUCCCCUCCCUCCUGGCACAAGUCAACUCGAUCCUGAAACCCGAUUGUCCGUUCAUCGCGGCCAUGUUCGGCGGGGAUACGUUAUUCGAGCUCCGGACGUCGUUGCAGUUAGCGGAUCUGGAGAGACGCGGGGGCGUGAGUCCGCAUGUGUCGCCGUUAGCGGAUGUCAAGGAUGUCGGCGGGUUGUUGAAUAAGGCCGGGUUUAAGAUGUUGACGGUCGAUGUGGAGGAUAUUGUGGUUGAGUAUCCGGAUACGUUUGCCCUGAUGCAGGAUUUGCAGGCGAUGGGGGAGAAUAAUGCGAUUUUGCAUCGCGAGUUGGGGCCUCUCUCGAGGGAGGUGCUCUUGGCGAAUGAGGCCAUUUAUCGCCAGUUGCAUAUGCAGGAGGGGGAUCGCGGGGUGCCCGCGACGUUUCGGUUGAUUUAUAUGAUUGGGUGGAAGGAGGGGGAGGGACAGGCGCAGCCGUUGGAGAGGGGGAGUGGACAGUUGAAUUUGAAGGAUUUGUUGGGCGGUGGUUCGUUCUGA